AUGGAUGUAACAAUAUCAUCAUCCGAUUGCAAUGAACUAAUAGAAAUGACAUUAAAUGAGAUACCAGUUAAUAAAAAAUCAACACCCAAUUACGAACAGCAUAGUACAAAUUUUCUUGAAAAAUUCGAACAAUGGACAGAUAAUGAACAAUUGAAUAUUGUCGAAGAUUUAUUAAAACGUAUGCAUCAUUAUCAAUUAGGAAAAAUUAAUCAAUUUUUAUUUCCUAUGUUACAACGUGAUUUUAUUGGACAAUUAUCAGCAAAAGGAUUAGAACAUAUUGCGGAAAAGAUUCUUGGUUAUUUAGAUGAUAAAUCGUUAACGGCUACGGAACUUGUCUGUCGAGAUUGGUAUCAUGUCGUUUCGCAAGGUAUGUUAUGGAAAAAAUUAGUUGAACAAAAAGUGAUGAAUGAUACAUUGUGGCAUUGUUUAUCGGAGAAACGUGGCUGGAAUCGUUAUCUAUUUCGCCAAAUGUUACAAAAUGGUGAAACACAAAAAAAACAUGAAUAUUAUCGUCAAUUAUAUCCACAAAUAUGUAAAGAUAUCGAAAGAAUUGAAACAAAUUGGCGUACGGGAAAUUUUACUUUACAAAAAAUUCAAUGUCGUUCACAAAAUAGUAAAGGUGUCUAUUGUUUACAAUAUGAUGAUGAUAAAAUAGUUAGUGGAUUACGAGAUAAUACAAUAAAAAUAUGGGAUCGGAAAACAUUAGAGUGUACAAAAGUUUUAACUGGCCACAAUGGUAGUGUUUUAUGUUUACAAUAUGAUGAAAAAGUGAUAAUAACAGGUUCAAGUGAUUCAACUAUUCGUGUAUGGAAUGUUAAAACUGGUGAAUUAUUGAAUACAUUAUUACAUCAUUGUGAAGCCGUAUUACAUUUACGUUUUAUGGACGGAAUAAUGGUAACAUGUUCAAAGGAUCGUUCUAUAGCUGUAUGGGAAAUGAAUUCACCAACUGAUAUAACAAUACGUCGAGUACUUGUUGGUCAUCGAGCAGCUGUUAAUGUUGUCGAUUUUGAUGAUAAAUAUAUAGUAAGUGCUAGUGGUGAUCGAACAAUCAAAGUGUGGUGUACAACAACGUGUGAAUUUGUACGAACACUAUUGGGACAUAAACGUGGUAUCGCCUGUCUUCAAUACCGUGAUAAGAUUGUUGUCAGUGGCAGCUCAGAUAAUACAAUUCGUAUAUGGGAUAUUGAUUGUGGCGCUUGUUUGCGAGUAUUAGAAGGUCACGAUGAGUUAGUUCGAUGUAUCCGAUUUGAUUCGAAACGUAUUGUUAGCGGAGCGUAUGAUGGUAAAAUAAAAGUAUGGGAUUUACAACUAGCACUCGAUCCUCGAUCACCAGCACAAUCACUAUGUAUUCGAACGUUAACAGAACAUACUGGUCGAGUAUUUCGUUUACAAUUUGAUGAAUUUCAAAUUGUUAGUAGUUCACAUGAUGAUACAAUCCUUCAAUUUAAUUUUUUAAAUUUUAACAAUCCAGAUAGAGUACCAGUUACAACAGCUGCUACUUCAAACAGACAUUUAUCUCAUCAUAAUCAUCAUCAGCCAUCAGCACCACAACCCGUUUCACCAUCUCUACCAUUAUCUUCUGUCUGUUCUGUUAGUGCAUCAAAUAUGCUCUUAGCCACUCUGUCCAGUUCCGAUACACCUUCAUCAAAUGUAAUCAGUUCGAAUAAUAAUCUCCAGUCACAAGUUUCAACCACAUCAACGUCGUCCACAUCUUCAUCUUCAUCUCAGACACUGACGGGCGACUAA